GGGAUCUCGUGGGCCUUCCCGUGGGUGUGGUCCCGGGUGGCAGCUAGAGUGUGUGUGGCGGGGACGGGAGGACGGUGUCGGGGUGAAUCAGAGGCCCCCGGCCCGCACAACGUGCUGCGGGACGAGUGGCGUGGGCCCCAGCUCCCAGCGCCCGGACGUUGAAGGGGGGGGUCACAUCCGGCGGGAGGGGGCGGGCCUCGUGGACUCCGGAAGUGUGGGCUCCGGCUCCGAUUUAACCCGCGACAGCUGUGGCGGCGACUGCGGCGGCAGGGGGAAAGAUGGAGACCCUGAAAGACAAGACCCUGGAGGAGCUGGAGGAGAUGCAGAAUGACCCGGCGGCCAUCGAGCGGCUGGCCCAAGACUUCCCUGAGGUCCAGGACCUGCAGCUGGAGCGGGAAAUGGCACUGGCCACCAACCGGAGCCUGGCCGAGCAGAACCUGGAGUUCCAGGGUCCGCUGGAGAUCAGCCGCUCGAACCUCUCGGACAAGUACCAGGAGCUCCGGAAGCUGGUGGAGCGGUGCCAGGAGCAGAGGACAAAGCUGGAGAAAUUUUCUUCAGCACUGCAGCUAGGGGCCUUGCUGGACCUUCUGCAGGUAGAAAGCAUGAAGAUUGAAGAAGAGUCUGAGGCCAUGGCUGAGAAGUUCCUGGAGGGCGAGGUGCCCUUGGACACGUUUCUGGAGGACUUCUCCUCCAUGAGGAUGCUGUCCCAUCUGCGCCGGGUUCGCGUGGAGAAGCUCCAGGAUGUGAUGAGGAAGCCCAGGGCCUCCCUGGAGCUGCCUGGGGACGCCCCUCCUCCCCGCCCGCCUCCCCCAUCUCUCCCGGGCCCCCAGGCGACGCCCCCAGUCGCUGAAGAUCAGCAGGCUCCGGAGGCCCCUCCCUACCCGUUGCCCUACAGCCCCUCUCCAGGCUUGCCCGUGGGCCCCACCGCCCAAGGGGCGCUCCCACCGGCCCCGUUCCCUGUGAUGUCCCAGCCCUCUUUUUCCUACAGCGGGCCUUUGGGUCCCCCGUACUCAUCAGCCCAGCCAGGACCCAGGGCUGCCGCGGGCUACUCCUGGUCCCCACAGAGGAGCACGCCGCCCCAGCCGGCCUAUCCUGUGGCCCCCACUUGUGCCUCCGGCCCUGGGUACCCCGUGGCGGGGGGCCGGGUCCCCGGUCCUGGUUAUCCUCAACAGCCCCCCUACCUCUCAACAGGAGGAAAACCUCCGUACCCCACGCAGCCCCAGCCCUCAGGCCCCCUUCAGUCGCCCUAUCCCCCUGGGCCUGCCCCUCCCUAUGGGUUUCCACUGCCUCAGGGUCCUGCCUGGCCUGGGUAUUAGGCGCGGUCCUGGCCCUUGGCCCUUCCCUACUUCCACCUGUACCACAACCUUUGGCCGCCCCCCGCCGAGAUUUGAGGGUCAACUGGAAGUGGAGUUGGCUCCCCGUGGACUUGUGUCAUGCGUGGGGGCCUGGAGGGACCUGGCUGGGAGCACACAGGCCUGGCAAGGCCCCGGGCGGUGUGACUGGCUCGGCUGUGCCGGACGGCCCCAGUGCUUGCUGGCCUCCUGGGGGAGGGGCGCGCCUGCUUUCGGUGACUGCCUUUGGCUUUCCUGGUUCUCACCAGGCAGGGCGUUCGGUCCUCUCUGUGGGCUGCUCACCCCCUCCCUCUCCUGUGGGAUUUGGCACGUUCGACCGAGGUACCCAUGCGAAGGGAUGCAGCUCUCUGUGCGUCUUGGGUCCAUUCAAGGAUGGCCUGCCCCACGCACCAUGGCAGGGUUGGAUCAGGGAGAGAGAACAGAGUUAGGAAAAACACUUAAUGAUUUUUAAGUCACGCAAAACCAUAAUUGAACUCCGACAGGCUGAUGUCAGUUGAGCCUGUCCUGUGUGCUGGUUUGAACGACAGCAGCAGAGCCAGUGCAGUGAGCCGGCCGGGGAUUGUGGAGGCGGACCCCAGCCCUUGCUCGCCCUGCCUCGGACCCUCUGGCUGGAGGAGGCCCAGGAGACUGCAGCCACUUCGGGAGCUCAUUUAGGAGUGGAGGGCCGAGUCACCUCCCCGGCCACCUCUCUUGUCUGGCGUCCCCUGCUUCCGGUUGACUUCUGAGGCCCACCCCGUCCGUCUGCUCCCUUAGUGCCUUGAGUCUCGUUCACAGCAGCCCUCACUUCAUCCCCUUCCUUUGGCUGCCUGAUGUAACUCUUCCCCACCCCCAAAAGCCCUCCUGAGAGAGACAUCAAAAGAUACCCUAACAGUUUCUUCCCACGUGGUGCUUUGUAAAACUCCAUCACUGCAUCAGAGUCGUUUCUUUGCAUCUCCCUCGUCUUCAGAACGUAUAGGGCAGGGAUUGUGACUCUGAGCCACAUGCAGCCCCCAGCACGUUGGGGAUUUUCAGCGCAUUCAGUAAUAAAAACGACAGUAGACCAAAGGGGGGGUGUGAUGAGCAAAGCAUUACCUUGGUUGCUGCAGGUGUGAACCAGGUCUCAAGGGCAGACUCUGGAGCUGCUAUCUGUUAGGAAGUCAUAUGUGCCUUGAAUUGUCCACUACUCAAGUACCCAGCAUCUGGUGGGCCUGGGGUGCUGGGGGCCAACGAGGAAACUUGACCUUCUGGUGCCUGCCCCCCUCCCCGGCCUGCGUGCCAUCAGUGGGUGCGUGUGACGAGAUGCUCGAUUAGCCCUGUCGGUCCCUGACCAGCUGUGCUUGCUUCUCAUAAGUUAUUUAUACAGAGAAAUCACUAAGGGACUCUAUUGGUUCGAGUGCUUCUGAACUGGAUGUACGAUCGCUGGUAUGUUUGUAUUAUAUAAUUAGUUGCCAUAAUAAACUUUGAUGAGUUAAAA